UUUCGCAGCGGGCUAAAAUUAAAUCCAAGACUGGGAGAGCGGCUCCAGAUGUUGAGUCAGUGCGACUCCGGUUUACAGCUACUGUUAUUAGCUAGCUAAUUACGUCGGUGACGUUAUAAUUAACCGGUUUGUUGAGACGUUACUUGAACGCAACAGCGCGAAUCUCUGCGUCUGACGUCACUCCCCUUAGUAACCCUCGGCGGCGUCUCCAGGCGAGAAGGCAACAAGAUGGGAUUGCUGUCCAUCCUGCGUAAGCUAAAGAGCACACCAGACCAGGAGGUGAGGAUACUGCUGCUGGGUCUGGACAACGGCGGGAAGACCACACUCCUUAAACAGCUGGCAUCUGAGGACAUCAGCCACAUCACGCCCACGCAGGGAUUCAACAUUAAGAGCGUCCAGUCUCAGGGGUUUAAACUAAAUGUUUGGGACAUUGGAGGCCAAAGGAAGAUCAGGCCAUACUGGAGGAACUACUUUGAAAACACAGACGUUCUGAUUUACAUCAUUGACAGUGCUGACAGAAAGAGAUUUGAGGAAACAGGUCAGGAGCUGGCUGAGCUGCUGGAUGAGGAGAAGCUGAGCGGUGUUCCUGUGCUGAUUUUUGCAAACAAGCAGGACCUGCUGACAGCCGCCCCGGCCUCUGAAAUCGCAGAAGGUCUCAAUCUGCACACCAUCCGGGAUCGCAUGUGGCAGAUCCAGUCCUGCUCCGCCCUCACUGGUGAGGGGAUUCAGGAGGGCAUGAAUUGGGUCUGCAAGAGUGUCAACUCCAAGAAAAAAUAAGCUUCGCUUCUAGUCUUCUGCCAAUCAGGAGGAGCAGCAGCAGCAACAGCAGCAGCACACACGCAUACACUGACACACAUUGCACCCUCCUGAGCCUUAGUACGAUGGGAUAUACCUGUGAAUGUACACACACACACACACUACUAAUCCAACGUGGACUUGGAGUUUUUAACCCCCUGCAUCCUUGCAUCGCUGAUGUUUACUAAUCUCAGCACAUCUUCCUGUGCUGGCCUCUACAACAAGGAGGGGUGUUUGCCUUCAAAAGGGAACCCAUGCCAGGAAAUUGACCCCCUCCACCCCUCCGCUGUUCGCCCUCGUCACCAUCCCGGUCCCGGCCAAUCACAGCCACCCAUCCGCAGCCUGUCACAGCCUCAAACAUUCCCAUUAAACUGCUGUCUUUCACUGGAAUUCCAACAUGUUCUUUAAGCUCUUUCACACGCUGUCCUGGAAACCAGCCCCCUUCUCCCCUCUCCAUCUUCAUCCCUUUCCCCAUCUCAUUCCUAUGUCUUGAUGUCUUGUUUUGUUUUUCCAUCAUUCCACAAAAGGCUGUAAGCGCUUUUCCUGCUCUGGCUCUGUUUGAAGUGACGUAUAUUUUUGUAAUUGUCUUAUUUAUGGUGAAGUAGAGUGCUUUUAAACAACAGCCCGUGCAGCGUGUGUGUAUGCGUGAUUUCCAGGAUGUUGGAAACAUCUCCUCAACUCUCCCCACUACAGAUGAAAUAAUACGCUACAUGUUAAUAUGUAAAAAGGAGGAUGGAGUUAAAUGGUUAAGAAAAUUUUUCGAUUGAUCUGUAAAUAGCUCGGCCCUGUGUUCGUAUGUUACGUUAUGCACAUGUUAUAGAGUAUUUGUUACCCUUCUGUAGUCUAUAAUGUUUGCAUAUCUAAUAUAUGCUGGCACAUUUGUAACAGAGGUAUAGGUACUGUAUGUCCCAGUGCAUUUCUAUGUGCUCUUUGGGUUAGUGAGCUAAUUCACUCUUUUUGAUAUUCUUGAAUGUAAUCUGUCCAGAGUUGAAGAUACUGUAUGUGAAUAAAACACAAGAAAAAUGUUUCAAA